AAGAGCCUGUGCGUUCACACAGGCGGAGUUUGGUUCUUGCGCACCGUUGGAAUCCACUGUCUCUUUAUAUUUUCCUCGGGAUUGCUUGAGGAGACAGAAGGAGCAAGCACGCGCCGUCAGCGAGCAGAUGAUAUAGCUGGUCUAUCCCUGUUUCCAGCCUGACAAUCGAGCGUAUCAUCUACAAAAAUGUGGCAGCCUGCGUCGGAGCGAUUGCAGCAUUUACAGACCAUGCUGAAGACCAAACUCAACGUGCUGACGCUCCGCAAGGAGCCGCUGCCUACAGUGAUCUUUCAUGAGCCAGAAGCCAUCGAGCUGUGCUCCACCGCACCUCACACCAAGAACCGCACACACACAGGAUACAAGGUGACCUACCUUGGCAAGGUGACUAUUUCCGGCACUCACUUCCUGUCCGGCUGCACAGAGUCAGCUGUGGUGGGAUUAUGGGACACCAAGCGGACUUCAGUGACCCACGAUGACUCCAUCACCUCAAGCAACGGCAUACUGGAGAUCCGGCCGUUCCAGGUACGACUGCAUCACCUGGACGGCCGGGGUGAGACCACGGGGGCCAUGGACACCUUCCAGGUGGCUCGCAUCGCGUACUGCACGGCGGAUCACGACGUCAGCCCCAACGUCUUCGCCUGGAUCUACCGGCAAAUCAACGACGAUCUGACCUUCCAGAUGGACUGCCACGCCGUGGAGUGCGAAAGUAAACUGGAGGCCAAAAAACUGGCGCACUCCAUGAUGGAAGCCUUUAAGAAAACCUUCCACAGCAUGCACAGCGAAGGACGCAUCCACAAGAGCGGCUCGUCCGACGAGUUCCCCGAAGAGGCCAGCACACCCGACGACGGCUGAGAGACCCCCGGGGCUCGGGAACGCCUCUCGCGCUCUUCACGUCUUUGUGCCAUAAUAGAAUAUGCAGAAAAAUAACCACAGCAGAAAGAGAACGCAAAUGGAAAUUCAAACCACAAACCAAGAAACUAGUCUGCCUUUUUUCCGUCUCGGCUCCCAGACAGUUCGUGCCCGUUUUAUUAAAGCGUCCACACUCCCACUGGAAAGCUGCUGGUUUUGAUAUGGCAGGUGUGAAUUGGCAAGAACUUGUUACACGUUCACCUGUUAUGUUGCUUUCGUCCUGCCCAUCAAAACCGUUGGAUCUGGGAGUUCCUGAUGUGUGUGCUGAAAUCUUUUAUGUCAUUUUUUUUUAGAUAAUGCAGAGGUGUGUUUCCGAGAGAUAAAAAAGAUAUUUAUGGUGGGCAGCCAGUCCAGGGCAUUUCUUUACCUUUAUAGGGCCAUUGAAGUGUAAUUAUAGGGACCAUGCAUCGAUAUCAGUGUUAUUUUUUUUUUUUUAAAUGCCAAAAGUCAAUGUGCGACCUAGGGUUUGUUUGUCUGCAGCUCAUGAGCCUUUGAUUAACUAUGGAACGGGUUCUCUUCUACAAACUGAGUGCGCUUGUCUGUCCAGCGUAGUUUAGUGUGUUUGUGUGCACGAGGCGCUUUCCAACAGAAAAUACUAACGCUUUUGGGUUAAAUAAAAUGUUGAAAGCAAGAUGUUCCAGAUGCAUCUGUAUUUUAAAGCCAUAGUUCACUCAAAAUUAAAAUUCUGUCAUCAUUUACUCAACCUCAUUUCUUUGUGUAUAUUUCUGUUGAGCACAAAAGAAGACAUUUUGAGGAGUGUUGGGAACUAAUAAUUGCGGUAGCCAUGAACUUCCAUAGUAUAGAAAAAAAUAUAUAUAUAUUAUGCAAGUCAAUUGUUAACGGCAGCUGUUUGGUUACCAACAUUCCCCAGAUUUUCUUCUUUUGUGUUGAAUAGAAGAAAGAGACUUUCAUUUUUUGGGUGAACUAUUAUUUCUUGAACUCCUGCAGGGUCAUGUUCACUCUUGUUUUUAAGCGAAAUCCAGUCAUUCUGAUAGUAGUCUGCAAACGUUUUGUGAGGAGGAAAGAGUUCACCGUGCAGAUUUUGCUUGGUUUGAAAGAGGCUUAAGUGUGAGCUGAGCUUGAUACAUUGCUAAGCUAUUUAUAGUAGACCUUUCGACGAAAAAUGUACGAUAUUGUGACCACACCUGUAAUUCACCAAACUUGCGAUAGGUCCUUUUGAAACAAGGCUUCAUGAAAAAAAAAUUUUGUUGUUGUUUUUUCGAAUUGCUGAAUCAAACUCCCCAAAACAUGUGAUUUUAGCUUAAGGCUUUGUGAUGCCGAAUUGUUUCAAACCUCGACUUCAAAACAUAAAAAUUCAGAUGCUGUGGAUCUAGUGAAACUAGCAGUGGUUUUUUAACUGAGUCAGGUUCAUUUUUAAUAAAGUUUGCAUGUAUAAUUUAAGAAAAUUAGGCUAUACUUCUAAUUACGCUUCUAAUUGCCUAGCACCUGCCAAAUGAAGCAAAAACAAUAAUUACAAUACAAAUUAAUAAAACGCAAACUUCAAAGAACCUUCAUAUGUAAUUAUUUGUGGAUUACCUUUAAUAGAUUACACUUUCAUGAAAAUAUUUGCAGUUGGUUUAUAAAAGGUGUCAUAAUGCAUGAGUUUUUAUUACGUUUACACUUUUUUUGACCAGCAGGUGCCGCCAGUCUGUACAGAUUUUGUGUGCUUUGAAACCGUAAAUGAUUUUAUGAAGCAAAUGAUUCAGCUGAUUCCAAGCUUCAAAAAGCGUUGUUUCUGCCAUCGCUAACGGUCCUUCGUUCACGUGUUGGGACGACUUUCUGGUGGAUUUGGAGAGAGCGGUGUUAAUGUUUUGUGCAGGGAGAGGGAGGACCCCAAUAGCAUAGCUGCCCCUUAGAGUGCCUGUCUCUCCCAUGCUGAAUGUAUGACGUCUCUUGUGCUGCAAGCGCUAUAUACAGUAUGUACUGGUACUGAAAGCCUUUUUUAAAUAUUAUUAUAAUUUUACUUUUUUUUUGGUUUAAAUAUACAUUUGUAUUUGCAGGUAAUUUGGAAGCUGUAUAGUGGUUUAGAGUCACUCUUUGUACAAGAUGCCCAGCAGCACGUGUGUGUAAUUAUAAUGCAUGCGUGAUUUUACACGUGGCUCCACCCACCUGUGAAAACCCUGUUAUGGGACAAUGGAGUGUGGAGCAUCGAGCAGAUGAAUGAACCGACUCUACUUUGAAUUCUGAUUUGAAAUCGGAUUCUAAUUGGGAUUUGGAUUCUGUUGGAGUGCAUCUGGCAGUGACAUUUAUAAAUCUAAAGAAAUAUAUAUAAAAGAUAUAGAGCUACAGUGUAUUUGAAAAAAAAAAAACAUUUGAUUAGUGUAAAUACAAAUGUAUCCAUUUUUUCUUCUUCUUUUCAAUAAUGCAUUAAAUGUUUGAUAUUUUGAAGUGACAAGCACCAUUGAAGAAAUCAGUGUUAAGGCCGACUGUGAAUUUGGCCUGGAAGCGGAGGCCAGCCUUCAUUGUGAGUGAUGAAAUGUCAGGAGAGAAUGAAGAUGAGCGUCUCGUUGUUGUUGUUGUUGUUGUUUUUUAAUUUGUAAAAUUGCAGAUGAACAUUCUCACUACGUACGUCUUAAUGGCUCAGACCCGCUUUAAUGUUCUGAAAUGUUACCAUGUGUUUUUUAUGCUGUAUUUGCAAAGAUAAAAAGAUACAGUCAUAUAUAAACUAUAUACCAAGCUA